CGCAGUACACCCACGACGAACACAUGAUGGAGGAGCAGUUCGCAAGGAUGAUGAUGGCCCAGGAGAGGCGAGGAGCAGGAGGUGAAGCAUCCGUGCCCGACAAUGGUGAAGUUAUACACAUCUCGUCGCUCGCACUACUCAAGAUGUUGAAGCAUGGGCGUGCGGGUGUGCCCAUGGAAGUUAUGGGUCUUAUGCUCGGCGAGUUCGUGGACGAGUACACGAUACAAGUAGUCGACGUCUUUGCCAUGCCUCAAUCGGGAACCACAGUCUCUGUUGAGUCCGUGGACCAUGUCUUCCAGACCCGAAUGAUGGAAAUGUUGAAGCAGACAGGGAGACCAGAGAUCGUUGUUGGUUGGUAUCACUCUCACCCGGGUUUUGGGUGCUGGCUAUCAAGCGUCGAUAUCAACACUCAGCAAUCAUUCGAGUCCCUCGACCCCCGGUCAGUCGCCGUGGUCAUUGACCCAAUCCAGUCUGUGAAAGGAAAGGUUGUUAUAGACGCUUUCCGUCUCAUCCAGCCUCAGACGGUUGUCGCCGGGCAAGAACCACGCCAAACGACGUCGAAUAUCGGCCACAUCAAUAAACCUUCUAUUCAAGCCCUCAUUCAUGGCCUCAACAGGCACUAUUACUCCAUUGCGGUAAACUACCGGAAGACGGAGCUUGAGCAGAGUAUGCUCAUGAACCUACACAAGCGGAAUUGGACAGAAGGUCUGACGCUCAGGGACUUCAAGUCGCACAAGGAGGCGAACGAGAAGUCUAUCAAGGCGAUGCUCACGCUUUCCGAAGCAUACAACAAGUCCGUCCAAGAGGAGUCGACGCUUACCGCGGAACAGCUCAAAACCAGGCACGUCGGAAAGCAAGAUCCCAAGAGGCACCUGGAAGAGGCCGUCGAGGAGGCGAUGGGGAACCAGGUGGUCCAGAACUUGGCUACCAUGCUCUUAGCUGAGCUAUAGACCUCCGUCGCACCACUUCCGGGCGGACUUCGUGCCGAGUCAAUGUGUAUGUAGCCAGCACGACAGGGGCGGGUUCUCCCCUGGACUUCUUCUCGGCAAACAGCUGCACAUUCCAGAGCAUUCUCAGCGCGUCCUGUGAUGUGCUAGACGGGCGAUGGCGGUCUGGACAGACGAUGACGGUGCUAGAGACAACCUUUUGUAUUCUAUUUCACUCUCAGGCUUCAUACUUUCAAGGAACACAGGCUCUAAGUUGG